AUGGCAGAUAAUACUCAGGUGAGAAGAAAGAGGACCCGACCCUUUGAAUUACAUGGGUCCAGGUCUGUGGGUACGCAGAGGGCGAACAUGGCGACGACGGCAGUGGAGUUGGAGGGGACGUCUGGGGUUGGUGUGGGGGCAGGUAUUUAUUUGGAUAACGAUCGGGAUCCUUUAAUCAACGAGAUGUUACAACGACAGACUUAUCUUCUGGGGAACAACUUUGGGGGUUCUGGGGAUGGGGAUGUUGAGACAGUGGUGGAGGGAAAUGAGCAGCCCCUAGUGUUCAUGAAUGACGUGGAGGAGGAUGUUGUUGCCGGAUUGCAACCGUUGAGCAAUAAUUUGCUUAAAGGGAACUAUACAUCUCGGAGAUUCAAGAAGCAGAGGACUGUUUCUUUACCACAGUUGCCGCAUGCUAAGUUGUUCUAUAGGUUGUCGGGAGCAAAUAUGGAAGGUCGGUCUGAUCUUAGGCUUGAGGAGGCAGUGCCGAGAAGAGGACAGAAUGAUGAUGAGUUGUUACAUGUCAGUGGGUCGAGCACGAGGACAUUGGAUAAGAAUCGGACUGUAACGUUACCCGUUAUUCGAUCUGUGUCUCCGAGUUCCAAUGCGUUGGUUACUCCCUCGACGAUGGAUUCGUUGGGCGACAGCGGAGCUUCAGGUGUAAUGAGUUCCCCCACAUCCAUUUUAAUGCCACAGAAAAAGAUUAACAAACUAAUUGGGAGGAAACAAAGGAUUAUGAAAAAGGAGUACUUCAAUACGGAUAAAGACGGUCAUUAUAUAUAUCUAGAAAAUGAUAUAUUUGCCAAUGGGAGGUUCUCAACGAAAGAGCUUUUGGGUCAAGGUACGUUUGGAAAGGUUGUCAAGUGUAUAGACAAUCAAAACACGGACAAGAAAUUUGUAGCUGUAAAGAUCAUUAGAGCAGUUGAACGCUAUAGACAGGCGGCAAAGACUGAAUUGAGGGUGCUGCAAACAAUCCGGGACAACGACCCUUCGGGCGAAUUCCAGUGCUUAGUGCUUCGCGAAUGUUUUGAUUACAAAAACCACAUAUGUUUAGUGACUGAUUUAUUUGGGAAGUCCAUCUAUGAUUUUAUGUGUAAUAAUGGCAAUCCUAGGUUUCCUGGUUCGCACGUACAAGCAAUAUCAAGACAGUUGAUCCGCUCAGUAUGUUUUUUACAUGAUUUGAGCAUUAUACACACAGAUUUGAAACCUGAAAAUAUUUUAGUAUGUGAUGAAUCUUUUGUUGAGUCGCAACUACCUGAAUCUGUUUUGGCCACCUUAAGCACACGUAGAAAACAAGCUUCUAAUGGGAAACAGAAGGUUUUAACAAAUCCAGAAGUAAAACUAAUAGACUUUGGUUCUGCAGUUUUCUGUCAGGAAUAUCAUCCACCUGUGAUUUCCACGCGUCACUACCGUGCCCCUGAGAUUGUACUAGGACUUGGCUGGUCAUUCCCCUGUGAUAUAUGGUCAAUUGGCUGUGUUCUGGUGGAACUAGUUACUGGUGAAUCCCUGUACCCAAUUCACGAAAAUUUGGAACAUAUGGCAAUGAUGCAGCGUGUCAAUGGACAAUCUUUCCCUAGAAAAAUGGUUAGUAAAAUGUUUUACAAAGUAGAACAUAAACUCGGGAACAUACCGUCUGACUUAGUUGCAACCGUUGUGAGACAUUUCGACAAGAGUUCUCUGAUUUUACAAUGGCCGGAGCGUAAUUACAAGGGAGAAAUAAUAACGAAGGAAAAGUCAAUGAAAAGGGUGAUGAACGCUUGCGACAGACUGGAUAAACAUAUUUCAUCGAAAUUGCAGAAAGACUAUGGAGACUGGCUUAUUAUUGAUUGGGAUUACACACCUGAACAAAAUUGGUCUAUAAUCGAGUCAAAAUAUUACAACAGAACACCGAGGUUAGACCGGGAGACAUUCUUGUUCUGGUAUUGGUUCGUUGAUUUAUGUCGUCGGAUGUUUGAAUUCGAUCCUACAAAGAGAAUAACAGCAAAGGAGGCGAUGGAUCAUGAAUGGUUUAAUUACGGGAUUUUAGAUGAGGGGAUUUCUAGCUUCGGACAAGUUUAA